AAAAUGGCGACUCUCCAUUCCGCUGUCAUCUAGAGUCUAUAAUCUAGAUCUAAUAAAAUAAUUGUAUUUACAUCAGUAAAAAGAGGAAAUAUUGUAUAAUUACUAAUCAUCAGAUGAAUGAAAGAAUGAACAAUCACGUGAUACUUUCAAUACGUCUUUUUUGUAUCUUUAGUCUUCUAGAUGGCACUCUCAGCUUUGCAGGAUUAAAGAUGACAAUCGAGGGGUAUGAAAAAGAGUGCAAGGGUGUCACCGACUGUGUCUACACCGGUCGCAUUUAUGGAAACAUAGUGGGUGAUUUCAGUCCCAAUAAAGGUGGCUGCAUAUGGAUUUACUUGGAGAAUUGUAAUAAAGAUAAGGAUUGUUCUCACAAUUCAGGAAACUGGUUUAAGGAAUGCUUGUUCCCAGGGCGCUGUUUUAGAACAGGGUGUAAACAAAUUAGUGAUGAUGAUCACUGCUGCUGCGAAGAUGAAAGCAAUCCCUACAAAUUCAGAUCCCGUCCAGAAUUCAAGAAUUCCUGGUAUCGACUGGCAUCAUAUGAAUCGUUACCAUGGGAUCAUAGAGCCUAUAAUGUCAGCGAAAAGUUCGAUGUCUCAAAUCCACCAGUGGCAUUGAGAACUAAUGCUUUUUCGGCCUCCACUAACGGAAAACUCCAGCUACAAGCAGAUCCUAUCAUAAUCUGCGUCGGAGCAAUCUUGGUCAUGUUCACGGAACUGCUAAACAAAGAUUGGAUUUAGUCUGAAGUGUGGUUGUUUAGCUUUUUGAUGAUACUCAUGGUAUUGUAGCCACUACAAUGUUUUUUUUUUAACCAGAUCCAUUUUGGUGUUUUCAUUUUUUAUCUAUGUCUAAGGAAACACGAGAUUAAUUAGUUUCUGUAGUUAUAAACCGCUACGGGAUUAAUUUAUUUUAUUGUGUGUUCAUCACCAAAAAUAAUCCUGGGUAGAGCAUCUUUGUUUCUACCCACCUUUGUUUAAACUAAAAUUGAUCUUGAAACCCCAGCAACCUUUAUAGGUCCUGGACUCCUAUUUCAAUUGUUUUAAAGGUUUUCAAACCAAUUUUUAAGAUUUUUUUUUUAAUUUUUUUUUUUUAAUGUUCGUCUUCUACAUGUCUUCUCAGCUAAUUCCUUAAACAGCCUACCACAGAUUCAACACACAGUCCACUAUAGGUUCCACACAUGGAUCAGCACAAACUCCACACAUAAUCCACUUUGGUUCCUCGCAUAUUUUACGCCUGGCUCCUCACAUUUUCUCAUAAACAAAUGAGCUUAAUUUAAAGACGUUUUACCCAUCUUUUGUGUACGAUCUUUUUGUGUAUUAGGAUGAAAUAACAUUAAAAUACCUCUUACAUAUUGAUCUUGUAACUAUUAAAAUAGAUUGUAUUUGUAUAUACAUGCACACAAACAAUAUUGUAAAGAAACAUUCAACAAUAAAGGC